AUGGGGAAUGGACUCUCCGAGCAGCCUGGCUUCCUCUCAAGCGUCUCGUUCUUCCAGUCCUUUCACAUCGCCAUCCUCGGACUCGACUCUGCCGGGAAGACGACCGUCCUGUACCGGCUGCAGUUUAACGAAUUCGUCAACACCGUGCCCACCAAGGGCUUCAAUGCGGAGAAAGUCAAAGUAUCCCUGGGUGGCAACCGGACCGUGACCUUCCACUUUUGGGACGUGGGCGGUCAGGAGAAGCUGCGGCCGCUGUGGAAGUCGUACACGCGCUGCACCGACGGCAUAAUUUUCGUGGUGGACUCCGUGGACGCCGAGCGCAUGGAGGAGGCCAAGACCGAGCUCCACAAGAUAGCCAAGACCUCCGAGAACCAGGGGGUGCCGCUGCUGGUGGUGGCCAACAAGCAGGACCUGAGGAACUCCCUGGGACUAAGUGACAUCGAAAAGCUGCUGGCGCUGAAGGAGCUGGGCCCGGCCACGCCCUGGCACCUGCAGCCGUCCUGCGCCAUCAUAGGGGACGGACUCAGCGACGGCCUGGACAAACUCCACGACAUGAUCCUGAAGAGGAGGAAGGUGCUGCGGCAGCAGAGGAGAAAGAGAUAA